AUGGCUACAUCACACCCAGAGUUCAGCAAGGAGACCGAGGGUCUCGACGUGGCCAAGGCUUUCUCGGAUGGAAUCCGCAAUAAAACCAUCAUAGUUACUGGCGCCAAUCGUAAUGGAAUUGGGUUCUCUACUUGCCACGCUUUUGCCUCUCAGUCCCCAGCUUGUCUGAUCCUAGCUGGACGCAACGUGGAUAGAAUCCAAGAGUGCAUCGAUGCUAUCAAGCAGGACUUCCCCGAUGUCAACUGUCGUGCGCUAAAGGUUGAUCUUUCCAGCCAAAAGUCUGUUCGUGCAGCAGCUGCGGAGGUCUUGGCCUGGUCUGAUGUGCCUGCUAUUGAUAUCUUGGUGAAUAGCGCCGGCGUGAUGUGCCCCCCAGAGCGAACACUUAGUGUUGACGGACUGGAGAUGCAUUUUGCGACUAACCACAUCGGACAUUGGCUGUUCACAUGCCUGAUCAUGCCAAAGCUGAUCAAGUCAGCCGAGGGCAAGCCCAAGGGAACCACUCGAAUUGUCAACGUCACUUCCCUGUCGCCUACCGUUGCGACUAUGCGUUGGAAGGCAUGGGGGUUUAAGGACUGUGAAGAUAAAGCAUACGUGCCUAUCGAUGGCUACAACCGCAGUAAAGUAGCCAAUGUGCUUUUCAGCAUCGGAGCAACCAAGAGACUGUACGAGAAGUAUGGUAUCCUCUCCUUGGCCGUGCAUCCUGGUGUCAUGCCAACGGAUUUGGGCAGGGCCUUUACUGAGGAACAACGGGCAGCCUUGGACGUCAUGAGAGCAAAAGGCAUGUUCCUCUACCAAACCCUCGGCUCGGGGGCUUCAACUUCGCUGGUAGCUGCCUUAGACCCCAAACUGAAAGCUGGCGAGACCGUCGAUGGCAAAGAGAAUUACGGAUCCAGUGAGGCCGAGAGGCUCUGGGCGCUAUCGGAAGAUCUGGUGAAGGAAAAGUUCUCUUGGUGA